AUGUCUCCUCUCGAUAACCCCGCAUUGCCCAAAGGCUCGCUCGUUCUAGUCACUGGCGCAAAUGGUAAUCUAGCGACUCACAUCAGCGACCAGUUUCUUCAAUAUGGCUACAAAGUUCGAGGUGUCGUCCGUGACAUCGAAAAGAAUGCCUGGUUGGCCGAGCACUUCGAGAAGAGCUAUGGCAAAGACGUUUAUGAACUUGUCCAGAUCCCUGAUUUGACAGCUGACGGGGCACUUGAUGAGGCUAUCAAAGGCGUGGCUGCAGUUGUCCAUACGGCAUCGGAGGUGUCAUUCAGCCCUGACCCGAAUAUUGUCGUCGCUGGGUCCAUUGCCCUCGUAUUGAGCGCCCUUAAGGCUGCCUAUGCGACAGACAGCGUCAAGCGUUUCGUCUUUACCUCUUCCUCGUCCGCUGCUGUCUUAUCCCAUCCCAAUAUUCCAGCUACGACGGUCACUGAAGAAUCCUGGUGUGAAUACGCUGUCCAACAAGCUUGGGCAGACCCUCCUUACACGCCUGAGCGUGCCGGCAUGGUGUACGCUGCAAGCAAAGUGCAAGCCGAGCAAGCACUCUGGAAAUACCAGAAGGAGAACGCUGAAAAGCGGCCAGACUUAGUUGUCAACUCAAUUCUCCCCAACUUCCUUUAUGGCAAGGUUCUCGACCCUGUCCACCAGGGUUCCAGAGGAACGUGCUCAUUUAUUCCCUCUUUGUACAAGGGAGAAAUUUCGCCCAUGUUUACCUGGGUUGUUAGACAGUAUUAUGUUAAUGUCCAGGAUGCCGCGCGCCUUCAUUUCAUCGCGGCGACUUUUCCCGAAGUCAAACAACAACGGAUUUUCGCUUUCGCGGGCCGCUUCAGCUUCGACAAGAUCAUUGACAUAUUGAAGGAGCAAAAUCCUGGGCGCACUUUCCCCGAUCACUUCUCUGGGGGUGAGGAUCCCAAUGAGAUUCCUCCUGCCAAGAAGGCCGAGAAACUACUACAAGAGCUGGGACGUCCCGGAUAUAUCAGCCUGGAAGAUACUGUCGCCGACAAUGUUGCGCAUCUGCGCGACGGCACGGCUUAA